AUGUCUCCAUCCCAAAAUAAACCGACCUCAAACAGCCUUCCCAAGGAAGACACCUGGAGCCCCAGGAACCUUGUCAAUUCCCGCUGGGCCCCAGGAGGACUUGAGGACAGGGUGGCAAGCACAGACGGCUCUGCCUUUGGAGCGCAGGCCUUCGUUGCCGCCAGCCGCCGAGCUCGCAAAGACCCUGCCGAAAUCAUCCAGGCCGGCAUCGACGAAGCCAAGAAAGCCAACGAGGCCAGCACAGGAGCCAACGGCCCCGGCAGCAAGACCCCAAGCAUGACACUGAUGGAGUCAGGCCAGAACACAAUCACGCAUAAGAACGAUCUCCCCACGAAGACCCCAGCCAUAAAGAAUUCAAAUUGCACAAUUGGCCCUCUUUCUGAAGAGGAGAAGAAACUCAAGGCAGCUAACCCAUUACUCGACCCCACCAAGCACAAAGGCCUCAGCAGCUCGUGCUGGGCAGGCCAGUAA